CGCAGCUGUCAGGAACCAUGACUGAAGAUGACGGAUUCUGUGGUCGUGGAGGGAUACGCCAGACUCAGGGACGGGAAAAAGUGGAAAUCGAGGUGGAUCGUGCUGCGUAAACCGUCGCCUGUCGCAGAUUGUCUUGUGCUGCUGGUUUAUAAAGACAAAGCGGAGCGUUCCCAGGGGGUCAGAGAGAGGGUCAGUGUGACCCUAGAGGACAUCUGCGGCGUCGAGACGGGUCAGUGCUACGAGGGCGCGGCCUUCACUCUGACCCUGCUCUGUCUGAACCAGUGCGCCCUGCUGGGCUUCGACUCCAGGGACGUCCUGCUCGGCUGGGACGCCCGGCUCAGAUACAGCCUGGGAGAAGUCCACAGGUUCUGUGUGGUCGUUUUACCCGGGACCAAGUUGGAGACGGGACCUGCCACUCUCCACCUGUGUAACAACCUGCUGGCCCUGGCUCGGGACGUCCCGCCUGUCAUCAUCGGACACUGGAACCUCCCCGACCUGCGGCGCUACGGACCGGUGCCCAACGGAUUCGUGUUUGAAGGAGGCACCAGAUGUGGAUACUGGGCUGGAGUUUUUCUUCUCGCGUCCGGAGAAAGUGAACAGAUCAGUUUCCUGUUUGACUGUGUCGUCCACGGCGUCUCUCCCACCAGAGGACCGUUUGGACUCAAGCCAGUGCUGCCAGAUCUGAGCCUGAAUGAAACGAGCUCUGAGGAGAAGCUGAACCAUGAGACACAGGAGCUGGAGAAGCGUCUGAGCCUCCUGUCCCAGAGGAGCAGCACAAUCUCGUCCACAUACUGCCCGUCGGCUGGAGAUGACCGCAGUAUCUCUGGAUCGUCUGACACCUCAGACACCAGUCAGUCUGACUGCAGCGUGAGCAGUCGACUGGUCAUUUGGAACGACCCGCCGACCGCAGAACACUCUGUCCAGCUCGGCUCCAAAUGUGCCCCUCACAGCACAGAGAGGGUGUGUGUGAGCCCUGGGGGGUCACGGCCUCCUGGGGGGUCCCGGCCCCCAGCCAAGGCCCCGCGACAGCUGCAGGACAUCGGCCGCCAGAGCUCGUCCGACAGCGGCAUCGCCACCGCGAGCCACUCCUCCUACACCGGCAGCUUCUCCUCCUACACGGGCAGUCUGGACAUCCACUCGGACGACUGUGUGGUCACUCUGCCUCCGCAUUUAACCCAGGACCUGAGCCCCUGCAGCUGCCCCGCUGCCCCGGGACACGAGUACCACACCCCCACCUCCGUCAGGUACCUCUACGACACGCCCCGAAGUCUGCUGCAGGACGGGCCCUCGAGUCAGGAGGCCUCAGAGCUGAGCCAGGACGGGACAGACACCAGCGGGCCCUCGAGUCACACUGGGCCCUCGAGUCACAGCGGGCCCUCGGGUCACACUGGGCCCUCUGAGCCUGAGACACAGACUGAGACACAGAACACAGCUGCAGAGGAGCAGACUGAGCUCACUGGGAGCCGGACAGUGACUGAACAAACAGAGCAGAGUCAGAAACACACAGUGGCGCCCUCUAGUGACAGUCUCCACCCAGACACCUGCCACAUCUGCAGCUCCGUCACACCCGCCUACAAAACCAUCAUCACAAUCUGCUCAUCGUGCGGCGGGUACAAGGUGUCUCCGUGCAUUCCUCCUGGUGGGACGUCCUCACAUCCAGACCCGGGAGACGAGUACGUUGACAAAUCCCUGUUCGGAAGGAUCAGGGAAGUCGCUUUGGCGGCGAGCGCAACGACGCAGACAUGUGGACUGAGCAUCACCGAUUCGAGGGUAAAAAACUCCCAAGAUUCCCAGAUGCCACCAAAGAGAGGAAGAGACAAGCUGGUCAGUCUGCUCGCGGAUCUGUUCGGCUACUCCCGGAACGUCGCUAGAGUCAACUCCUACGAAUCCAUGAGCCCCGUUUUCGGCCUGAGACUCAAACCCAGAGGCGCUCGUGCGUUUGGCGUUUACGAAAACUGCGUCCGGUGUGAAGUCGAGCGGUGCCCCCCUGCUCCUCGACCCCGCCCACCCGUCAUACGCCCAAACGGGACCGCCCCGUCGAAGCCAUCUGCGGCGGCGACGAAGAAGAACCAAGAGACGGUGGGUGUUAAUGAGCACCGCGGGUCGACAGAGGAGGUCAUGGGGUCGACUCCGAGCUCUGAAGAAAAGCGGUCUGUUAAAGACGAGCGGCGUCGAGCGGAUUAUGAGGUCAUGGACAUACGAGCGAUGGACAAGAGCUCAGAGGGAGAAGAGAAAAGCAGGUACGAGUUAAUGGGCAGCUGUGGCCAUCAGAGGCUUUUCCAGGAGACAGAAGGCAGCGUCUUCAUCUUCCCCCCUGAAGCCGCAGUCGUCGACAGACUCCGCAGCGAAGCAGUGACGUACGUGAACAUCCCCGUCAGUCCCACGUCCAAGAAGCAGCUCAACUACAUGGAGCUGGAGCUGCAGGAGAUGGGCCCCCGAGGGACCGGCCCACACCUGCCCACUCAGAAAAAGUGCUCCACUAAAUACGCUCAGAUCGACAUCACCGCCACAGAAACGGCGCACAAAGUGGGCACCCAGCAUGCACUGGGGCGGCAGGAGGGGCUGCACACUCUGGACCUGAGACGAAAGGCUACACCUCACUGACUUUAACCAUCACUCAAAACUGUGACAGCCAGAAACUUGAAACUUUUUUUUUUUAACAAAAGUCCGGAGCAGGAGCCUGAGUGAAAGAGGACAGUUCAAGGAGGAUUCAUCUUUUUGAAUUUUGUUUCACAGCUCAAUCCGCACUUUUUAUUUUAGCUUGAGAGACGUCGGCGCUUCCUGCACAUGUGAUGAACUCCCCGAGCGGCGCUGCCUCUGAAUACACUCAUUUAUAUUCACUUACACUGUUCAAACUGAGCUAAUCAGGCCCAAAUGUAAAAACAUGAGCACAAUCAGCUCUGCAUAAUGACACAUUCAUGCAGCUCGUAUGGAUCAGAAAUACAAACGCUCACAUCUGUCUCAUUUAUCCUUAAAAUGGAUUUACAACCAACGAUGUAACGCAAAAUUAUAGUUAUAGCGGCUAAUUUGGCGCCUGAUUUCUCUGUUAUUAAUGUUCUUAUCUUGAUUUAGCGACAAUAGCGAAAUAAAAACGGCAGAAUCACGUAGAGCGGGUUAAUACGAACAUUUAAGACCAAAAUGACGAGUCUGACAGCAGCAGGUACAGAGAGAGGACACAGUUUUUUAAUAGAAAGUGAAUUGGAGCCAAAAUCGAUGGAGCCUGUUUGGAACGCGGCGGCUAGCAGGUUAGCGAUGGGACGAUGUUAAAAUUUAGACUCACGUUUAUUUUGACCAAAAUAAUCACGAUAAUUAUUGAAACAAGGCAGUAAAAUGUCCGCAGAUCCAGGUCCGAGGAGAUUAUGUUUUCAGAUUAAUUCAUGAUUGUUGUAAAACCUUGCGCCGCUGCUAGCAAGCGUUGUUAUCGGCUGUGCAAAAUACUGUUCAGCUAGUGCUAACCUAGCGAUAGCAAAGUCGACACAAACGCGUACCAUUAUUACUGCAAAUCCAAACUAACACAAACUACAUUCAAUAGUUUAUUUCUCACGUUGUGUUUCUUACGAUGGAGAUUUUCGGCUCAAGUUUGUCAAACGAUGCAGAUGUUUGUGUCGUAAAAGUGCGUUUAAGUCGCUCGUGUCAGUCGCUGGUGUUUGUCCUCGGAGCCGUAUCUUUUUUCCUUCAGACUCUGCAGAUCAGUGGCUCAUCGUGUUGGUUUUGUUUUUCAAAUCCAUAAUAAUUCUCCACAUCAGACUUCACCUUCUUGAGUGGAGGAUAUAAAUGUGUGGAGUCAUCUGGAUCCACGAGCCCUGACGAGGACUGACGGUGGAAAACCAUCCCGAUUCAGGACAGACACAAAAGCUAACGGGUCUCACUGCUGUGAUAGAGGGCCCCCUUGUGGACAAACACCAGAACUAACAUCUUAACAUUGUAUUGAAACUGGAAACAUGAGUCAGUCUGGAGCCGUAAAGGCGAAUAUAACCGUGUGCGAUGAUCACGAUUAUUAAAAAAUGCAACGGGCGAUUCAUUGCGGACCUUUUUUUUAUCAAGAUUAUAGACAUUAUCGCAUAUCGUCCCAUUUCUAUGUCCAGUCUAUGUGCAGGAUGUGACGUUGCUCUCCAGGCUGCCCGUCAUUCAUCAUGUUUUAUAUUUACGCACAUUUUAAUCUCGUGUUUCACUAAUAUAAAGUACGCUCUGUUUUCUUAUGCUCUCAGUGUUAUAUUUUUCUUUUUAGAUUCAUUUUUGUACAUAUAUUUUCUGAAAUGUACACUGACUGUCCGACGUGACAUGUAAAAACACAGAAAUAUGAAAGCCCGUCUCCCGCGGCAACAUAUCUCUUUGUAAAUUAUUUAUACUUUUCCGAGUGUGUUGAGUUUGUAAGAGUAGUAAUGUGUGGGAAUUUCCCCGGGGAAUUUGUAAACCUCUUAAAUAAUAAAUGGUAAACUACU